UUCUGACAAAUUGACAGUUUAGUCGAAUUUGAACUUUUAAAAAGUAGCAAUUUAUUGAUUUAAGUUUUAUUCCGCGAUUUUAAAUAUCACAUCUACUUAACUGAAAUAAAUAUUAUUGCUCUUUCUUUAUAAUGAAUGAAGAGAGAGCUAAAAAACGGAAAUUGAGCGAUGAUGAAAACGGUAUAGACUUUUCAGAACUGCCCAUUAAAAACUCAAUAACAUCUAUUCAAUGCCCGUAUUUGGAUACAAUAAACCGACAUGUAUUGGACUUUGAUUUUGAGAAACUAUGUUCAGUAUCACUUACUAGGAUAAAUGUGUAUGCGUGUCUGGUGUGUGGUAAAUAUUUCCAGGGUAGAGGUACUAAUACACAUGCAUACACACAUUCAGUGGCUGAAAGUCAUCAUGUCUUUCUUAAUUUGCAUACUUUAAAAUUCUACUGCUUGCCAGACAAUUAUGAAGUUAUAGAUUCUUCUCUAAAUGAUAUCAAAUAUGUGUUAAAUCCAAUCUUCACACCUGACCAGAUAAAGCAGCUGGAUCAAAGCACAAAAAUGUCUAGAGCAAUAGAUGGUACAAUGUACAUGCCAGGUAUUGUAGGUCUUAACAACAUCAAGGCAAAUGAUUACUGCAAUGUUAUAUUACAGUGUUUGUCACAAGUUCGGCCACUUCGCAAUUAUUUUUUGCGAGAAGAGAACUAUGCUGGUGUAAAGAGACCACCAGGAGAUUCAUCAUUUUUGCUGGUGCAGAGAUUUGGAGAGCUCUUACGUAAACUUUGGAAUCCUAGAGCAUUUAAAGCACAUGUUUCACCUCAUGAAAUGCUACAAGCUGUAGUGCUUUGGUCCAAGAAAAAAUUUCAGUUUAUUAAACAAAGUGAUCCAAUUGAUUUUCUUUCAUGGUUUCUUAAUUCCUUACACAUUGCUCUUAAUGGAACGAAGAAACCAAAUAGUUCAAUUAUAUACAAGUCAUUUCUUGGUCAUAUGAGAAUAUAUACACGGAAGUUGCCACCUCCAGAUGCAGAUGAUGCAGCUAAGGUAGAUCUAAAUAGUGAAGAGUACUCAGAGAUGAUAACUGAAUCACCAUUCCUUUAUUUGACUUGUGACUUACCCCCAACACCACUUUUUACUGAUGAAUUCAGAGAAAAUAUUAUUCCUCAGGUUAAUUUGUACCAACUUCUAUCCAAGUUUAAUGGACAAACAUCCAAGGAGUAUAAAACUUAUAAAGAAAACUUUUUGAAGAGAUUUGAAAUUACUCAACUUCCACCUUAUUUGAUAUUGUAUAUCAAGCGGUUUACUAAGAACACAUUUUUUGUUGAAAAGAAUCCAACUGUUGUGAACUUUCCUGUUAAAAAUGUUGAUUUUGGUGACAUCCUAACACCAGAAAUAAAGGAGAAGCAUAAUGGAAAGACAACAUACGAGUUGGUAGGCAACAUAGUGCAUGAUGGUACUCCGGAAAAAGGCACAUAUAGGGCUCACGUUCUACACACGCCCACACAACAAUGGUAUGAAAUGCAAGAUCUUCAUGUAACAAGUAUUUUACCACAAAUGAUCACUCUCACUGAAGCUUAUAUACAAAUAUAUGAAUUGAAGCAGGACUAAUGUAUAGAUAAAUAAAAUAGUAUUAAGACA